AUGGACAUCUCGCUUCUAGCGUCUGGAACUCAAGUGGUGUUAAAUGAUCUUCUGGUGGAACGCGGUCUUGUUGAAUGGCAAGUCAUGCGUAACAUUCGCAUCUCAACCGACUCGGAAGAUGCCGUGGACUUAAUUUAUGGCAACGCAGUUACGUCCAAGCUAGAAGACGAACGAGUCGAGCGCAAACGCAAGUGGAAGACAACAAAACUGUCUCAUGACAAGCAGCAGUUGACGUAUUGCUGCAUUGUCAUACUCCCUGUCGUUUCAGGUUCCUCGACUCUCAGCAUGAAGCGACUUGUAGAGCUGCAGCAAUGUGCCGAUGCUAAUGAACCGAAUCAUGUCUUACGUGCUACAAAGCGAACAUUCCUGAGCAUUACAGACGCUGCCAAUAUCAGCUACUACGUGCUACAGACACCAGCAACUCUGCCUUAG